CUGAUAAAUGCCUCUCCAGCUGCAAUGACUCCCCCCUCAGCAAAGAGCUCUCCCAUCCCAUAGCCCAACAAACCGGGGUCGAACUUUUCUUCUUUUUUUUUAAUUCAAACUUUGUUUUUUACUUUUUAAAAUCAUCUUGUAGUUGUUUGGACAAUGUUUUGGUUCUUGUUGUGCGUGGCCGCAGCGUCAGUGCAGGCAGAUGCGCAGAGCUCCAGUCGUUUCGUGGUCGGAUGCCCCUCUGUGUGCGUCAAAUCCAUGUGUCCCCGUCUGCCGGCCGACUGUCCGGCGGGACAAGCCCUGGAUGUCUGCCGCUGCUGCACGGUGUGCGCGUCCGGAGAGGGAGAAGCCUGCGGCGGCGGGGGCAAGCUGGGCGAUCCGGUGUGCGGAGACGGGCUGGAGUGCUCCAUCUCCAGCGGGGUGGCGUACAGCGUCACGGUGAGGAGGAGAAGCAAAGGCGGGAUCUGCGUUUGCAAGACCACGGAGCCGGUGUGCGGGAGCGACGGGGUGUCUUACCGCAGUAUCUGCGAGCUGAAGAGGGUGAGCCGCAGGGCGCAGAAGCUGCAGCAGCCACCUGUCCUCUUCAUUCAGCGGGGAGCCUGCGGGAAAGCUCAGGACAAUCCAGACAGCCCGAGGCACAAGUACAACUUCAUCGCAGACGUGGUGGAGAAAAUCGCUCCCUCUGUGGUUCACAUUGAACUUUUCCGCAAGAUGACUUAUACCAAGCGAGAGGUGGCUGUGGCCAGCGGCUCUGGUUUUGUCGUGUCAGAAGACGGUCAGAUUGUGACCAAUGCCCAUGUGGUGGCCAAUAAACACAGGGUGAAAGUGGAGCUAAAGAGCGGCGCCUCCUACGAUGCCAAAAUCAAAGACGUGGAUGAGAAGUCAGACAUCGCCCUCAUCAAGAUUGAUGCACCGACUAAACUUCCUGUACUGCUGUUGGGCCAUUCAUCUGAUCUGAGGCCGGGGGAGUUUGUUGUCGCCAUCGGCAGCCCGUUUUCCCUGCAGAACACAGUCACUACAGGUAUCGUCAGCACCACCCAGCGAGGAGGCAGAGAGCUUGGUCUUCGUAACUCCGACAUGGACUACAUUCAGACGGAUGCUAUUAUCAAUUAUGGUAACUCUGGAGGGCCUCUGGUUAAUCUGGAUGGAGAAGUGAUCGGGAUCAACACGCUGAAAGUGACUGCUGGCAUUUCCUUCGCCAUUCCCUCAGACAAGAUCCGACAGUUUUUGGCGGAGUCAUAUGACAGGCAGUCCAGAGGAAGAGCAGAUGCUAAAAAGAAAUAUAUUGGAGUGAGGAUGAUGACUCUUACGCCAACGUUGGCUAAGGAACUGAAAACUCGACAUCGGGACUUCCCUGACAUCACCUCAGGAGCCUAUGUGAUGGAGGUCAUUGCAAAAACCCCGGCUGCAAUUGGUGGACUCAAAGAACAUGAUGUCAUCAUCUCCAUCAACGGCCAGAGGAUUUUAACAGCGACUGAUGUCAGCGCUGCCAUCAAGAGCGAUGCCACCUUGAAAGUGGUUGUACGCCGUGGCAACGAGGACGCCAUCCUCACUGUUGUUCCAGUAGAGAUUGAUCCUUGACCCUUCAUAUAUUGGGGUUAGGUUUAACUUAUCAUUCAGAGGACCUUAUGUAGAAGGGAUCUUCAGCUUACCUGCCGACUUGUGGCUAAAGGCCUAGCGGCACCACGCAUCCAGAGAAACUCCUGGCUUUGCCUUGAAAGGAACGACCGUACUGACGCUCUAAAAGCAGCGCUGUUCUUUGUUUAUCUGUUUGUGUCUUCACUUUUAGCCCUUAUUUUAUUUUUUUUUAUAAUAAAUGCUACUACUGUUUGAUCAGAAACAUAAAGCCUUGAUUAUCAUCUUAUUAUUUGUCGUUUUCAUAUGGACUUAAGCUCAGUCGGAUCCUCUGCUUUUUUAAAAGUAGAAACUCACUGAGCAGAUCUGAUUUGUAUAAUUUUUGUUUUCCAGCCUCCUUUUUUUAAGUACUGUAGAAUGUUUUUUGUUAAUUAUGUGAUGUAUACUGAGGAGAAAAUAAAGGGUUUACCAACA